AUGCUGCCAACUGCCGCUCUGCUCCUCCUGGCAGUGUCUGUGGCCGCCAGAGAGAACAGUACGUGUGAUGGUCGCUGUGGGAUACGGUUCAGGCAGAACCCGCAAGGUGGGCUCCGGGUCGUAGGAGGGCAGAAUGCCGCCUUAGGAGCCUGGCCCUGGAUGGUCAGCCUCCAGGUCUACACCUACGAAAACAACCGGAGGUUCCACGCCUGUGGAGGCACGUUGCUCAAUUCUCACUGGCUGCUGACGGCUGCACACUGCUUCACUAAAAAAAGGGGGGCCCAUUCUGUCCCUGCAGGGAACGUGUAUGAAUGGAGGCUGAUUUUUGGAGCCAGGGAAUAUUGUGUUUGGGAACGACCAGCAGGUGAGAGGCCGCCUCAGCUGGAGCGCUAUGUGGAGAGAAUAAUUAUCCAUGAGAGAUACAUCCGCAGCACUGGAGAUCAACGGACAUCGCCCUCCGUGAAGAUCACGCCUCCGGUCCAGUGCGGGCCCUAUAUCGGGGACUGCUGCCUGCCCCACUUCAAAGCAGGACCUCACGUGCCCCAGACAUGCUGGGUGGCCGGGCUGGGCUUCUUAAGAGAGGAUGUCCACAGGGUCUCACCGAUAUUGCAGGAGGCACGUGUGGACCUCAUAAGCAGCAUGCAGUGCAACUCCUCCACUUUUUACAACGGAAGGAUCCACGCCACCAACCUAUGCGCAGGUUACCCUGAAGGCAGGGUGGAUACCUGCCAGGGGGACAGUGGCGGGCCCUCAUGUGCAGAGACAGCGUGGCCGAACGCCUUUGUGGUCGUGGGGGUCACCAGCUGGGGCACUGGCUGUGGGCGCACCCGGCGCCCUGGAGUCUACACAUCUACUUGGCCUUACCUGAACUGGAUCGCAUCCAAGAUCGGCAUGAAUGCCCUGCACAUGAUCCAGCUGCCCCUCUCUUCCACUUCUCAACGAGUCCCCAGCCUCUACCUGCCAACUACCCGGCAGCUAACCCGCCUUGGCAUUUCCAAGUCCAGCAGAAUACUCCGUCCAGACCGCCCCUGGGAGACCUCGUCUACCGGCCGACCUCAGGUCCGUCCUCCAAUUCGUCCUCCAUCCUCAUUCUCAUCCAUGAAGCCUCCACAAGCACUUUCUUUUGCCAAGAGACUCCAGCAGCUCAUAGAGAACCUGAAAGGAAAACCCGUAUCCAGCGCCAAGAACUAUUACGAGGCAGAGGCCAUUUCGGAGAAUGUCACAAUUCUCUGA